ACAAGAAUAGGCUAAAAGGUGACUCGAGGGAGGGACAUGGCACAGCAGGGCUUUGCAGCAGUAGCAGGGAGGCGUGUUCUGAGCACCUGUUCUACGCACCGAGCCUUGAGGGACAAGGUAGGAAGACAGUGUCAGGUUUCUAUUUAGUUUUACACAAUCACAGUGCAGCCCCUCCCGUCAUUGCAACUGAUUACUGACACCUAACUUCAUAGUGGAUCGCAUGGAACUUCGCCUCUACUCCAAUCCUGCCGUUGUAUCUUUAGAACAUGGGCUUUCCGGUGGUACAUCAGCAAUGGGCAUGGACAUACCCUUUCCUUUCCUGCAUUAUCACUUGUGUGCUAUUUGUGCCCCAAGUGUUGGCCAGUGUCUCUUCCAGUGGUGCCAGUUCUGCCUUCACCUCUCCCAAAAAUGAGGUCACCAUCGGGGAAACCAGGUUAUCCGUUUUCACUCUGGAUUAUCCUCAUGUACAGAUCCCAUUUGAGAUCACACUGUGGAUCCUGCUGGCAUCCUUAGCCAAGAUCGGCUUUCAUCUCUACCACAGGUUACCGACCAUUGUUCCAGAGAGUUGUCUCCUCAUCCUUGUUGGAUUAGUUCUUGGAGGAAUUAUGUUUGGUGUUAAUGAAAAGUCACCUCCAGCCAUGAAAACUGAUGUCUUCUUCUUGUACCUUUUGCCUCCGAUUGUGUUAGAUGCGGGUUAUUUUCUACCAACACGGUCAUUCUUUGACAAUGCAGGCACUAUUUUCUGGUAUGCUGUGGUGGGUACUCUUUGGAAUGCUGUUGGGAUUGGAAUCUCCCUCUUUGGCAUCUGCCAGAUUGAAGCCUUUGGGUUGUCAAACAUUUCCUUGCUUCAGUGCCUUCUUUUUGGCAGUCUCAUUUCAGCUGUGGACCCUGUUGCUGUUCUUGCUGUUUUUGAAAAUAUUCAUGUCAAUGAGCAACUUUACAUUCUAGUAUUUGGAGAAUCUCUCUUAAAUGAUGCUAUAACUGUGGUUCUGUAUAACUUGUUCAAGUCCUUCUGUGAGAUGAAAACAAUUGAAACCUCUGAUGUUUUCUCAGGAAUUGCCAGUUUUUUUCUAGUGGGAAUCGGAGGAUUUUUAAUUGGAAUUAUUUUUGGUUUUGUAGCCGCAUUCACCACUCGCUUCACUCGCAACAUCCGUGUGAUAGAACCUCUUUUUGUCUUUCUGUACAGCUACUUGUCUUACUUAACAGCAGAAAUGUUCCACCUCUCUGGCAUCGUGGCCAUAACAACCUGUGCCGUGUCCAUGAAAAAGUAUGUAGAAGAGAAUGUUUCCCAGAAAUCAUAUACCACAAUCAAGUAUUUUAUGAAGAUGCUCAGCAGUGUUAGUGAAACUCUGAUCUUCAUUUUCAUGGGUGUUUCCACAGUUGGUCAAAACCAUGAAUGGAACUGGGCCUUCGUCUGCUUCACAUUAUUUUUCUGCUUGUUCUGGCGUGCAGUGGGUGUAUUUAUUCUGACUCAUAUCAUCAACUUUUUCCGUACAAUCCCUCUGACUGCAAAGGACCAGUUUAUUAUAGCCUAUGGAGGGCUUCGGGGGGCAAUAUGCUUUGCGCUUGUUUUUCUGCUUCCCGACUCAGUGUUUCCUAGGAAGAAACUUUUUAUUACAGCUGUCAUUGUUGUGAUAUUUUUCACAGUUUUCAUUCAGGGAAUUACCAUUCGACCCUUGGUUGAAUUUUUAAAUGUGAAAAGAGCAGACAAAAAGCAACAGAUUAUCAGUGAAGAAAUCCACAACAGGUUCUUGGAUCAUGUAAAAGCAGGGGUUGAAGAUAUAUGUGGGCACUGGGGACACAAUUACUGCAAGGAUAAGUUUAAAAGAUUUGAUGAAAAAUUUCUCCGCAAAUUGCUGAUUAAAGAGAAUGAGCCAACAUCAAGCAUUGUCUCCUUGUAUAAAAAACUGGAAAUCAAGCAAGCUAUUGAGAUGGCAGAAACAGGCUUAAGUAGAGACCCAUCUUUGUCUUCUUUAUCCACAUAUGAAAAACAAAAAGUGAAACCGCUUUCUCCCAUUGAGGUAAAUGAUAUGCGAGACAUGCUAACAAAGAACCUUUACCAGAUACGUCAGCGGACAUUGUCCUACAACAGACACAACCUUGCAGGAGGGACCAGUGAAAAACAGGCAAAAGAAAUUUUGAUUCGUCGUCGGCACAGCAUGAGAGAAAGUCUGAAGAAAAGCAGCCUUAAUUCAAGGAAUAGACCGGCUACUGUUCACCAAGCACGAUAUUUAUCACUCCCUGGGCAUACAAAGCUAUUCGAAGGUCCAACAAGAAAGAAAACAACUUCCUUCACAGUUGGAGAUAGUGACUCAGAUUCCAGCUAUUCCACCCAGUUAAAUUUCCAUCCCAGAGCUGGAGACAUUUUAAGGGAACAAAGACAAAAGCGGCAGCCAUACAGCAGCUUUGAGUGGAAAAAUGAGGGAGAGGGGACAGAUAAUGUGCAGGGCAGAGCACAAAUACCGAGAGGACCUCAGGAACCACUGUUACCCAGAACUCGGUUUGGAACAUUGAGUGAAGACAAUGCAAAAGAUGAAGAGGAUAUUUUCCCUAUACCACCACCGCGCACUAGACGGUCCUCUGAACCUGAGAACUGGAAAAAGAAGUACAGAGAAUUUAAACCUCCCCCCAGGGCACCCAGAUAAACACCAAAAAAUUAUAUUUCCAAUAAACUCUUCCUAUAGUAUAGCUUUAUUAUACAUAUAUGUAUAUCCAGUGCUUACUAAAAUUAAAGCAGACAGUUUAUAAGGCAUGUCCUGCACUACUAAUCAGGACUAUUGUGAAGGAUUUGAAUUUGUAGAAACAUGUUGAAUUAUCAUCAACUUAAAUUUCUAAUCUGCAGUAUGUGCUACUGCAUCUUUUGUGCAACUCCCUGAACCCUUUGGCGCAAGGGGAUUGGCGUGAAUGGCAGUUUUUAAACAGUCUGAUGUCUUUUGUUUAUUUGGCAAAACUAUUAAGUAGUAAUACAAUUUUCUGCAGUACUUAUAACACUUUUUUAGAUUAUGCACUUUUUGUUGCAUUUUAUUUAUAGAAAGUACUAAACAUGUAUUUUAAAGGGGAACACCACACAAACAUAACUUGAGCUUUUUGAAGCAACUUUGCAAUAUACAUCAAUUAAAAAAUAUGCAGACUUU